AUGGGCCGACGGGCAGCUGACACGUCCAAUGCGGUGCCAGCUCUGGAAGUGCCUCUAGCCGGUGGGCGGGCCGUGCUGAGCCAAAAAUGGGGUCCUUUGUGCAGCGUUGGCGUCCAGACGUCGCCAGGCCUCCGUUCGCUUCCGUCAUUAAAACGGAGAACGCAAACGGUCAGUACGGCAAACGGACCGACCGCGGAAACCAUGUCCCUGGACAGAGUGAGGCGGUGCGAAGUCAACGGGAAGACCACCAAAUCGAGAAAUGCAACGCAGGACCAGACGUCCAACGAAAGUGAGGUGUACUGCCAAAUUAAAGUGAACUCAAAUCAAUCUGCGCUGAGAGGAAGUUUCAAAAGAGCCCCUCGGUAUGUAAACGGAAGUAUUGUCGCGCCAGAGGUGGUGGGCGGGGUUUGUAGCGAGGGGGCGGAGCCUGAUGAAGCAAGACGGCAGAGUCAAACCAUAACACGCGAGUGUAGGCGGGGCCAAUCACUUAAAGGGGAGGCGGCCAGACCAUCCAUCAGCUCAUGCACCACACUUCCUCGGCCAUGCCGGAUGAUGACAUCAUCGCCAAGAAUGUGCGCCAGCUGUGGGCGGAGACAGUCUCAGGCUCCGCCCUGCAUGGCGCCGGCCUGUCGGAAACGAGCCGCCAGUCAAGUUCAAGCCAGCAUGACGCUCCCGAUGCCACCGCGCAGGAGUUGCACGCCUCAGAUGCAGAAACGAAACUCCACGGUCGCACAGCCCACGUACGCGCAAAUAUCCAAUCACACCGCGCAAAGCGCGACAAGCUCCACCCCCUUGCAAUCCAACAAAAAAGAAGUGCACGCAAAAACAGAGUUGUCUGAUUCGACAACGCACAAAACGCAACACACACAAACACGAGUUACACACACGGCAAAAACUGAAGCAGCACACACAAAAGACAAACGUGCCGUGCAAAAAACUGUAUCCAAACCGAUUGGCUGUGAGUCACAAGCCACGCCCUCUCUGCCCCCGAAGAAAGGCUUGCAGGUCAAAUCUAAACCAGCACUUCCAAAGCUUCUGACUGGCUCAAAGGCGGAGCCUAAAUCCAAAACCCCACCCCCUCCUGUAGAACCUAAAUCUGAGACAAAAACGGACUGUAAGGAUGCCCGUCAACCCACAACAGACCAGAUCCCACAAUGCAACGGGGCUCCUGGCGUCCUGCACGGCCUGCUGCAGAACGUGGAGGAAAACCUCCUGUAUAAUCAGGAAAAGAUCAAAGUUCUUCUCAAUGUCAUUCAGGAUCUGGAGAGGAACAAGGCGAUGAGUGAAGGGCGCUGCUCUUACAGAACAGGUCAGGACAUCAACAACUGCUCAACCUGCCAGAAAACAGCCUGCAUUAUAUACAGUGUGGAGCAUGACUUCCGUGUGCAGGAGAGCGGAUUUCAAAACAUUCUGGAAGCCUUGGAUGAAGCGGAGUAUGACGUUCCCUCCGCCAUCCCAAAACCAGCCCACAUUCGCCCUCGGACCAAGAGCCGCGUCAAGAAACUGCGCAAGAAGUGUUUCUGGUGGCUGUAGAGAACCGACAUCAUGGAGAUCUACCAUAAAACAGAGCUCCAUAGAAAUACAGUGCUGCUUAAAAAUUU